CAGACCACUUGUCACACCAGGAAUAAGACAAUCUGCACCCCACCGCACUCCCGACUCAACUUACCAAUCAUCGCGAAUAAUAAGGCCGAACACAAAAGUAACAUGUCGGGCCUUUGGAACAAGCAAGCUGCAGCUCAACAAUCCCCCGUUCAACGUUUAAGAGCGGGCUUGGUCCCUGGCACCUGGCUUCAGCUUGCACCUUCCACCUCUCCCAAGUACGAAACAACUGAGAAGUGGCUCUCUCUCUCACCAUCCCCAUCUCCAUUACCGUCACCAGCCAUGGCCGCUGCGAAGGGAACAGUCGUCGAGGAGCUCUCACUAUCCCCAAAGCCCGGCAACUUCUUGAGCAACGACAUUAGCAACGGAAGUGCUGCCACCAGCCGUACUACAAGCAUGUCCGGACCACGACCAGUCGCCGCCGUGCCAGCCGAAGCUUCACUGGAGUUGAGGAGACUUCGCGGAUCGGACGACGGCGAGCGUCUCGCUCGUUUCCUCUCGAACUGAAGGGAAGACAACUUCCCACGAUCAACACCUAUGAAAGCAAACCCGACUCCACCGAGCCAACAACUACCUACCUCCCUGGGCCGAGCAGAGCACCUUUGACUACGACGACCUAUGGCCGCCCACAUGAAAAGCCAAAAACGCUUCAAGCAUCACUUCGCCGAAUGGCAAACACCCUCGAGCUACCAGACUGAUGAGUGAUGGAAACGUCGGAUGAAUACGCUUUGUCAAAAGCUCGAUGCGGCGUGGAAGGGAAUUGAGGAAAACACUUCUUAUUUUUAUUGUUUGUACGAUAGCGUUGCAUUACGUCCGCCAACGACGUGAAUGAAGUUUUUGCUCGAAACUAGCGUGUUUUUCUUCUCGGUCGUUUAAAAGACUUUAUGCUCUCUCGUUAUGUCUUUACGUAGGCCUGAAGACUUGUUCAUGCCUGCUCGCGACGCCAUUCCCGAGACUUUAAAGGCAGUCCGAAAAUAUAUAGAGAGAGUCCGAGAAUCCGGUCUGCGACGAA